UGCGCGGGCAUCUUAGCAACGCGCCAGACACAAUGGGUUUCCUCAUGGGAGCACUCGCUCUGACGUCUCUCUUUGGCACUCCAAUUAGCGGAAAGCUUGUCGGCUCGUACGGAUAUCUCUCGUUGUCGAUUUUCACUGGCAUAUCACUUGUGGUUGGCUCAAUCUUGAUAUUCUGGGCGCGGUUACGUCUGAACAGGAAUAUUUUCGCAAAGCAAUGACCAUGUAAUACGUUCUUUAAAGGUAAAUGGAUAAGGGCAAUGCCGCCAUCGUUCAUUUUUCAUCUUGGCAUACUUCAUGAGAAUCUUGUUUAUAAUGCUAGAAUACCUGUCACUGUUGGAAG